CUCACUUUCUGAGAAUGCAGACUGGAGGAGAAAGGUCCUGCCUCCAGAAUUACAGACUGAGAGAGCUGCUGUCUAUUUACUUCACCAUGCUGGCUGUGGUGGUCGUGAUCCUGCUGGCUUCAUUCCAGGGAGCCAGCCCUCGUGGAGAUCCCUUCCCUUUCCGAGUGCCGCUGGACCCACUCGGGACCUUGGAGCUCUCCUGGAACGUCAGUUACUCCCAGCAGGAGGUCUGCUUCCAGCUCCUAGUGAAGGAACUCCACUUCGGAAUUGUGUUCGGUAUGUCGGAUCGAGGGGAGCUGGAACAUGCUGACCUAGCAAUCCUGUGGAGCGAUGGGCACAAAUCCUACUUUGGGGAUGCCUGGAGCGAUGCUCAGGGACACAUCCGAUUGGACAGUAAGCAGGAUUACCAGCUGCUAGAGGCCCACAGGGAUCCAGAGGGAUUCUACCUCACCUUCAAGAGGCCUUUCAGCACCUGUGACCCUAACGACUAUCUCAUCGAGGAUGGGACUGUUCAUCUCAUCUAUGGUGUCCUGGAGAGGCCAGUGACCUCCCUCCUGGCUGUAAACCUGUCCCUGGUCAACAGGGGUCUCCAGAGGGUGCAGCUCCUCAAGCCUAAUAUCACCAAUCCUGAACUGCCCCGGGAUGUCCAGACCUUGGAAGUGCUUGCUCCCAACGUGUCUGUCCCUGGCCAGGAGACCACUUACUGGUGCUACAUCACAGAGCUACCCGAAAACAUGCCCAAGAAUCACAUCGUCAUGUACGAGUCGGUGAUCACGCCUGGCAAUGAGGCCCUGGUUCACCACAUGGAAGUGUUCCAGUGCGCCCCGCAGUUCGACUCCAUCCCCCACUACAGUGGGCCCUGUGACUCCAAGAUGAAACCCCAGCGCCUCAAUUACUGCCGACAUGUGCUGGCAGCCUGGGCCUUGGGGGCCAAGGCCUUCUACUACCCUGAGGAAGCAGGGCUAGCUAUUGGGGGGCCCGAUUCCUCCAAGUAUCUCCGUUUGGAAGUCCACUACCACAAUCCACUACAACUAAAAGGCCGCUUUGACUCGUCAGGAAUCCGCCUGUUUUACACCCCCACCCUUCGUAAGUACGAUGGUGGGAUAAUGGAGCUGGGGCUGGUGUACACACCAGUAAUGGCUAUCCCACCUCACGAGGACCACUUCGAACUGACAGGAUACUGCACUGAGAAAUGCACAGCUACAGCCCUGCCCCCAGGGGGGAUCCACAUCUUCGCCUCCCAGCUGCACACUCACCUGACAGGCACUGCGGUGAGGACCAUGCUGCUGCGAGACGGCCGCGAGGUGGAAACCGUUAACGUGGACAAUCACUUCAGCACUCACUUCCAGGAGAUCCGCAUGUUAAAGAAGAUGGUCACAGUGCUACCUGGAGAUGUCCUUUUAACAUCCUGCACUUACAACACACAGGACAGAGAGAAGGCUACAGUGGGUGGCUUUGGAAUCCUAGAGGAGAUGUGUGUUAACUACAUUCAUUACUAUCCACGUACAGAGCUGGAGCUCUGCAAGAGUGCUGUGGAUUAUGGAUACCUGCAGAAGUAUUUUGCCUUCAUGAACAGGUUCCAUGAUGAUGAGAUAUGCAGCUGUCCUCAGGCUGCGGUUCCUGAGCAGUUUGCUGCAGUUUCCUGGGACCCCUUCAGCAAAGACGUACUGCGGGCACUCUACAGCACUUCUCCCAUCUCCAUGCACUGCAACCAAUCCUCUGCCACACGCUUCCCAGGUGACUGGGAGAGACAGUCUUUACCACAGGUCACCACCAGCCUCCCCAAACCCCAGUACAAGUGCGAGACAACCAGGGAGCCUCAACCACAGCCUCAGCCUCCUGCAGUCAUUGAGGUUCGGACCCGCGGCAGACUCUAACACCCAGAGUGCAAUGGACAGAUAGGCCCCCUUCCCACAGAGGAUCACUGGGAAACCCCACAAGCAUUAUACUGUACAAUCAUGCCUAUAUCAUGUCUGCUCCCGCCCCAGUCUCUUCAAUAGGACUAGCUGGGAGAGGCUUCUUGGGGAGGAUAUUCAGUCCUGACACUCUGAUAAGGGGCACUGUCUGGAAAAUAAACUUCUCUAAGACAACAGACUAAAAACAAUGCCAACCCUGUUCAGAUAGUCAGUGAUGGGAACACAGGGCAGCAAACACAAAAAAACCUGAACUCAUUUUUUAAGACAUUUGCAUAAUAAAACAGAAUAUGAAGCCAAAACUUAGACAUGAUGUUUAUUUGUCACACAAUUCAUAACAAAAUCGGAACAUGAUCAGCUCUAUGGCAGCAGUCUUUCGUGUCAGGCCUGAUGCAUAUAGUGAAGUCUAGGGGGAAUAGGGAUGAAGCACUAAGAGAAGCAAUAGAUUGAAGAAAAGGUUUACUUAUAGAUAAUGUGAGAAACUGAAAUACACGGGUUAUACAACCCUGACCAAGGCUAAUCUCCAAACUACAAAUCC